GUUUGUUUCUAUCGUUUCUGUUUCGUGAUAAAUACGAAAGAUUUUGUUGUUUUUAUAUGCUCCUGCCGAAAAUUAUUACGUGAAAAUGGGCACGUUUAAUUUGUCAACCUUCCCGGAUGUGUGUCGCCUUUGUCUACAGUCUAAACAUCCGGAUGAGCUUGUUUCGGUGGACACCGUUCGCCCGUUGUUUGAUCGAAAAUUGGUUGAUCUGUUGGAGGAGCUGACAUUCAAAAUUCCAUCGAAAGUGGUUCCCUACUUCCCAUCGGAGGUCUGCUCCAUGUGCCUGGAAGUGGUUGAUUUUUUCUUCAAGUACAAGCAAAAGAUGAACUUCAUCCAUCAGUUUCUGGUGGCAUUCGUGGAAGUGAAGUUGGGCAAUGACCACUCUUUGAGGAAGUUGUUCGAGGACCACAACGUUUACUUUUCGAUUCUAUUUAAAGAUUUGGAUCUUUGCAAUAAGGAGGAUCUUCUAGUAGACGAUAUGCUGAGCGAAUAUUCUCAGUAUAAGAUAGCCUCGAUGCCAGUUGUUAAGCAAGAAGUUGAUUUCGAGCGUGUACCAGAAGAGCAACCGAAGGAAGAGUCUUCGGAAUCGGACAGCUAUGAAUUUCAAAUCGAAGUUCUGGAUGAGAAAGAUAAUGAUGCGUUUUUGGUGGAGAGACUUCUGGAGAAAUUGGGGCAAGUGAAACAAAACGAUGGUGGUGAGAAAACGUUAGAGAUCAAAGCGGAACCAGUUCAAUUGAUAGGCUCGGAAGAGCCCGGUGAAAUCGAAGAAGUCGUCUAUUCAGAUUCAGAAGCUUUAGAAGACGUUUUGGAAAUCCCCCAUGAAAAUUCUCAAGAUGAAAAAUCCAACGAAAAUAUUGAUUUUUCAAAAGAUGAGGAAGAGAUGGAUAUAGAGGUUCAAGUUGAAAAGAUUGACAGCACGCCAAGCGAAAUAUUUAAAUGCACCAAAUGCAAAUAUAAAACAAUAUUUAAAAACGCUUUGGCAAUCCAUGAAAAGCGUCAUAAACAAUACGAUCAUCUGAAAGGAAUACAUUGCCGGCACCCGUCUUGUUUGAAAGUAUUUGCCACCAAGGAAGAAUUUGAGAAACAUCUCAAAGAAGGACUCCACAAGCUGCACAUUUGCGACAUCUGUGGAGCAACCCUCAAACAUAAAUACUCGCUUGAGGUGCAUCUAUCGCGGCACGCAGGCACGACCCGAUUCAAUUGCAGCUACUGCUCGUCAUCAUUCUACACCAAAACUGAGCUCCAAAAUCACGUUCGAUCGAUUCACACGACUGGCGAGCGCUGGGAGUGCCCAAAAUGUGGAUCGGUGUUCAAAAACCGGAAGCUGCUAAAUCAGCACCUGGAGUCGCACGUGGAGGAACGUAACUUCAAGUGCGACGCGUGUGAGUUUGCUUUCAAAACCCUGCAGCACCUGAGGCGGCACGUCAGUACCGUGCAUAAAUCGGUACGCUUCAAUUGUGAACACUGCUCGGUGAGCUACGGCCGGAAGGACAAACUACGGAUGCAUAUGGAACGGGCACAUAAUAUCCAAUCCUAUUUCAUCUGCGACAUUUGCGUGCGAACGUUCAGCGACUCCGCGUCGUUGGACGAGCACAAAAAUCACCACGCAAAUCCAAAGCCCCUGGAGUGUCCGGUCUGUUUGCUGGCAUUCGAAAACAACAAAAGCUACGACGCUCAUGCUUGUAUCACGUACCGUGACGAUUACGUGUGCUGCGGGAAGGAUUUUAAAUUCCACAUCAACUACAAUCGGCACAUGCUGUCGGAGCACGGUACCAAGAUGAACGCCAGGGUGAAACCAGCGAGUGGGAUGCUUGUGGGGAACUUGAGGGCUCAUCGGCGACGAAACAUGCCACCAUCAUGUCGGAUGUGCGGGAAGGAAUGUACGUCGUUGAUGGAGCGGAGGAAACAUGAGGCGAAAUGUGGGGUCCGCAAGCGGGUCCCAUCAACGAAGGUGAGUAACGAUAAACCAGAGGCGGGGCAAGAGCCCGGUGAUGAAAUGGGCGAAGAGGAGCAUUUGAUUGAGGAUGAAACUGUGGAGUUCAUUAUUGAUGAGGAUGCUGAGACAACGGGAAUUGUGGGAUGUUGAUGCCGUUGUUUGUUAUUAUAAAGAAUUAUGCAAAAAAUAAUCGAAUUACAUAUUAGGAUGACA